CACAUCCAUCGUCGGCAGUGAAUCGUACCGGCGAACAAUGCGCUCGUGGACCCCGUGAAACGGAACACGACCUGUUCAAUAGUCGUGCUAGGAAGUGUUGCGAAACCCAGCGUGUCGUUCGGUUGCCGUAUUUUUGUCGGGAUCGCGCUCGCCGUGACAAUGUCACUCUGAAAAGCGUCUCCGAACCUCGACGAGAACUUGCUACCGAAUCGUUCCGCGGUGAACCACGCUUCAACGAAUUUGUAUUUGCUUUGUGUUCAGUGUCAGAAUAAAGAAACUAUUAGAAGAGAAUGAGUCUUCGCUGGAUCCACGAGAACUUAGAAGCUCCAACAUGCGACGAAGAAUGCAGCGACAUUGAUGACAGUUGUAGUGAUGAUAGCUACGAUUCUGAUCUAUCGAUCGGCGAGGAGAAAGGGACGAGAAACGAAAAAGAGAUCAAUGGAGAUCGCAAAGGGAAAAGAGAAACGAGGCGGCAUCCGACUACCACAGUGAAGUUCGAUGAGAAUGGAACUCCGCAUUUCGUCACGUCUGGAUCGGUUAAAGCCGCGCCUUGCAUCAUAUGGGACCCGAGAAAACCAGCGGAAAAUCCAGUCUACAAUUGCCUGGUAAUCAAAUUAUUCUGCCGGACUGGUUAUCAUCUUUCUAUUUCAAAUUCAGGACGCGUCCGAGGUUUGAGUGGUACUAAUGAACCACAUGCCUUGUUUCACAUUAUACCGGUAUCGUUUGGUAUAAUUCGAAUGCAAAGCAUCGAGACUGGUCUCUACUUAGCUUUCAACAAGAAGGGUCGUCUGUAUGGAGAGCCAGACGUAAACAAGGACAACACAGAGUGGGAACAAUGGAAUGUCGGUUCAUAUGACGCAUUUCGUUCACGAAAAUAUGCGAAUUACGGAUGGUGGAUAGGAAUAAAGAAAAAUGGAAGAGCAAAACCGGGACCAAAAACACGUUGGGGCCAAAAGGCGAUACAAUUUCUAGCUAUACGUCAAGAUUAAAUUCCACUGAUCAUAUCUUAUACCUCAUACUGUAAAUCGAUCAUUUCAUUAAGUAACAAAAAUAUUGCAGAUUAAUGGAAAAUUAAAUCUUUACCGUUGAGCAGCUAGUUCUGUUGUGGACCAUUUUGUAUACAAUACUUGGGAGAGAAUUUUGUAAGCGAAAUCAUAUAUGUCCUCUGUUAGUAACAACACAAUUAAAAUUCGCAUUUGGAGAUUAGUAAUUUAAAUACGAGUUUUUAUGGUACCUGUGAGAUAAAUAAACAACUUCGUUACCUUCCAAUAGAAUAUAAUGUUUAUUAUAACACUGUUACUCAACAACGGAAUAGUUUGGGAUUGUGCAUUCUGCUUGUGCCCUUCAACUGAACCUUCAUCGCAAUUUGCAGUUUCAAAUUGCAGUACAUCCUUCUUUUUCUUUCUUUUUUUAAUAAUAUCAGUCGUCGAUCGAUUAUGCUACAAGCAAAGUGUGUCGAUCUAAUCUGAUCACAAUCUGAAUUUUUCACUUCGCUUGCAGCAUUCGUACGAACACUAAUCUGUAUUUUAUUACAUUAUAAUUAUAUGUAAUAUAAUAUAUUUAUAUGCAAUUGUAUAUAUAUAUAUUUAUAUUUAUAUAUAACUAUUUCUUAUCUCUUUUGUACACCUACAUACAUUGCAUACAGGUAUAUCGAAACUCUUAAGCGAAAGCUUCAAUUAAAAAACGCCGGUGUUCGAUUAAAUACAGUAAAUCUACAAACAUUUAUUACUCUCGCAUUUUAAUUUGUAAAUAUCAAAUAUGUUGCCAGCAAUCAAUUUCAACAACCGCAAAUUAAAAUAUUGUAAAUAAAAUUUAUUUCUAAAAAAAAUAAUAAAAUAAAAUUCGUUUGUAAGUUUUAUUGUUAAUUUUUG